AUGACGGACGGUUGGGAGACGAUCGAAUGGGCGGAGCGAGGACGAGGAGAACAACGGAGGAUUCUGCCGACGGAACCGUCCUGCGACCGCCAGGCAACUCCCAACCAUUCUCAGGAAAACCCUUCUAUGGAGGGUGACCCUGUAUCUACGCCCAUAUGUGGCCUGACCUACGGGCAGCUCACACCUAAACCGAUCAAAUGCUUUUCCGGAUCUGACGAUCAAGACUUCGAUAGCUGGCUGAGAAAAUUUGAGGACAUGGUUCGCAUGGUCGCUCCCCCAUUACCGGACCAGCUACGUAUUAACACCUUGGUUGGAUUUUUGGAAGGAGGGGCCAGGGACAUCAUAGAUGACCUGUCAGACAUCGAUAAAAAUUCUUAUGCAAAAGUGGUUGACCACCUUCGCACGCAUUUUGAGUCGCCCCAAUUUCGAAGUUUGGCUAGGCAACAGCUAUCCGAUUGUAAGCAGGGGCCGACUGAAAGUGCCCGUGAGUUUGCUGACCGAGUAAAGCAGAUUGUUAAGAAGGUAACUCGAGGUCAGCCUAAGCAGGCACAGAAUGAGCGCCUACUGGAUGAAUUCCAGGAUAGAUUAAACCCGCGCUAA